AUUUUCAGCACUAACAUGGUCAUAAAGCUGAAGCACGAGCUCAUCUUCAACAGUUACAAGACCCUUGACGGUCGUGGCGCUAACGUCCACAUCACAGGGAAUGGUUGUUUGACGCUUCAAUAUGUGUCCCACAUCAUUAUCCACAACAUACACGUUCACCACUGCAAGCCCUCGGGCAACACUAACAUUGCCUCGUCCCCCACCCAUGUGGGGUGGCGGGGAAGAUCGGACGGCGACGGAAUUUCCAUCUUCGGGGCGCAGAAAAUUUGGAUUGAUCAUUGCUCCCUGAGUUACUGUACGGACGGACUCAUUGAUGCCAUAAUGGGGUCCACCGGAAUCACCAUAAGCAACAGCUAUUUCUCACAUCACAACGAGGUGAUGCUCCUGGGGCAUGACGACAGGUACUUGCCGGAUUCCGGGAUGCAGGUGACCAUCGCGUUCAAUCACUUCGGCGAGGGGCUGGUGCAGCGGAUGCCGCGCUGCAGGCACGGGUACAUACACAUAGUGAACAAUGAUUUCACGGCGUGGGAGAUGUACGCAAUCGGCGGUAGCGCCAACCCCACCAUUAACAGCCAGGGGAAUCGGUACACAGCGCCGGCGGAUCCUAACGCUAAAGAGGUGACGAAGCGCGUGAGCACAGACGAGAGGGAGUGGACGGAUUGGAAUUGGAGGACAGACGGGGACAUAAUGGUAAAUGGAGCCUACUUUGUCCCGUCCGGUGCUGGGCUGAGUUACCAGUACGCAAAAGCCUCCAGUGUGGAGCCCAAGUCCGUGGGCCUGAUUGCCCAGCUCACCAUGAACGCCGGUGUCUUUGGUGACCCCAGCAGGGAAGAAACUGGGAGCAUUUCUUAUCCAGGAUUCAGCGGUAGUGGAUCCAGCUCGGGCACCACAAACGCCGGGAGAUCAGGGUCAGGAGAUGGCGGGGACUUCUCUGGAAUGGUAUUCCGGGGCGGGACAUCAGCAGCAGCUCCACCGUCAACAACCCCACCCACAGCCUCUAUGUCUUUGUCUAUUGUAAUUAUUUUAUUUUCGUACAUUAUCACCAACUAUGGUGCCCUACUACCAUUACCCUAAUGAUUAUUGCUAUAGAAAUUAUAAAGAGAAGGAAAGAAUUGUCAAUAAUGUUUUAAGGUGAAAGGGAAAUAGAAGAAGAAUAUUUAU